UACAAAACGGACGCCGGAGUAGCAGCCCGGUCAGUGCACUCCACGUUAAAUGGAAUGAGGCAGUCAAGCAGGGAGCAAGAUAUAGUGUACGAGGAGUCCGCCUCGGCACUGUCUCCCACCGCCCUCCCAACAAACUCGGCGGCACAAGUGAAACAUGCUUGACUGAUCGACACUGCCGAAGUGUUUCUCGGAAGAGGAAUUGAUAGAUGGGGAGAUCCGACUGAUCCGGAGAGAUCGAAAUCUGAAGGAGUGAUCGGUUCCCGAUUCGUUGCAUCCGGUGGGCGGAAGGACGGAUCCGUAAGCAGUCACUCGAUCGAAUUCCAAGUCGACUACGAAUGGGGAAGACCGGUGACCGGGAUUGGAUGCAGAUCUACGCCAUCUACGGCACGGAUAGGUGGCAAACGGUGGCGUUCCUAGCCCUACACGCGACCCUCUUCGCCGCCAUCGCUCUCCUCCUCCUCCUCCGCUUCCCCUCCUCCCUCGCCUUCCUCCGCUCCCUCCUCCCUGCCGCCGUCCCCCUCACCGCCCUUCGCUUCCUCGCCGGACUCGCCGGCUCUACCGCUGCGCUCUCCGCCCUCUGCCUCCUCUACGCUGCCGGCAGUGUGCUCCACUCCUCCCUGGCUCUCCGCUGGGAGAUGGCCCAGCGGAUGGUCGCCGCCGUCCCGGACUGGUCGGCGGUCCGCACGGCCCUCGACGUCGGCUGCGGCCGGGGCAUCCUUCUCAACGCCGUCGCCAUGCAGAUGAAGAAGGAGGGCUCCGGCGGCCGGGUGGUGGGCCUCGACCGGCGGAGGGAGACGGCGGUGGAGGCGCUUCGCCGGGCUGGGGCGGAAGGGGUGCAGGAGUACGUCACGUGCAGAGAGGGCGACGCCAGGAGGCUGCCCUUUGCGGAUGGCUACUUCGACGUCGUGGUGUCGGCGAGCGGGCUGGGGGCAGCGGCGGCCGAGGAGAGGGGGCGGGGGCUGGCGGAGAUGGUUAGGGUGCUGAAGCCCGGCGGAGUGGGAGUGGUGUGGGACCUGUUACGCGGGUCCGAGUACGCGCAGAGGUUGCGGGAGAUGCGGAUGGAGAACGUCCGCCUAUCCGAUCCGGUAACGGCCUACAUGGUGGGCAGCCACAUCGUCUCCUUCCGAAAGCCCAUGGAACAAAAACAGCCCUUGCCGCAGCCGCUCUUCCAUGACCCGCACUGGGCCGCCGACAUGUGCUGACGGACGACGCUCCGCCGCUCGGAGGCACCGCAUCCAGAGAUCACUAUACGAUCACCUUUUUUUCUCUUUCUUACUUAAAUUUCUUUUCCUUUUCAUAUGAUUUACUAAGAUCUUCGACGUGCUGCCAGCCGCAAGUGUAAAUGUUCGUCGCUGGUAGCAUUUGUAAGCACGGCGGUCCAAAAAUGGGCUACGAUGUUGUGACUGGUGAUCACGAUGCAGAUAUGAGGGGAAUAAAUGUGGUUUGCUUUA